UGAUCAUUGUGGUCCUUUUCAACCCUGGCCACUCUGUGCUUCCAUGAAAUAAGGUAAUGCAGAGUCUCUUCUGAUGAUUUCCAGUGUACCAAAAUUGGUAAGACUAAAAUCCAGGAUUGUGGCCGAGGCCGUCUGGCACAGCCCCGAGGGGCGGCUGGGAGCCGGCCGUUGCCGGGCACCCAGGGAACGCGGCCGUUGGGGCGCGGCGGCCACCGCCCCGCGGCGGGGAGGGAAGGGGCGCGGCGGGGAGCUCGCCAUUGGGCCGCUGACUGAAAAUCUGAAGAAGAUAAGCCAUGAGCUAAGGCAACAUGUCCUACAACUGCUUAAUAAGAAGCAAGUGGUUGAAAGACAAGUGGAUAGAUUGACCUGUAAAGAUGAUCACCUGUGUAAAGAACUUGCUGUAAUUGCCAAACUAUCUGAACAGCUGGAAAAGGAAAACGAGUUGUUACUGAACACCACUGAUAAGGAACUAGAAGAAGCAAAGACUCAAGUUCGACGCCAGCAGAACAACAUAAAGAAGCUGGAACACACAGUGAAAACAUUAAAAUCUGCUAUUUUGAAAACAGAGAAUGAAAUAAGUCAAGGGAAAUCACCUUCAAGGCUUGAUACGUUUAUUAAGACAUUGGAAGAAGACAGAGACUACUAUAAAAGCAAGGCUGAGAAUUUGCUGAGGGUAUUUCGAAACGCAUCUUCAAGUCCUAAGCGUAACUCUACUUGGGACAGCAUGUCAAAAAAAAAAUCACACAUCCAGGCCCAGGAAGAGGUUUCCCAGCUUCAUCAGGAAGUCAUCAAAUGCACCAGGACUCCAAGAAGUACUGUGGCAGCUCAAGCAAUGUUAAGGCAUGUGGAGACAGAAAGGGAUGCAGCACUGUCACAUUUACGAAGGAUGACUACAGAACAUGACAGUCUCAGGGAGCAGCUGAAGAUUUCCCAAGAGACUGCAUUUAAUGAAAAAGCUCAUUUGCAGCAGAGAAUUGAAGAGCUAGAAACUACUAUUCAAAAUUUAGAUAGUGAACGAUUAGAGCAGAUGUCCAGAAUGGCUCUAAUGAAAGAACACAUCGAUUCUCUGGAAACAGAGGUAAAAAUAAUGACAAGAAGAUCCCAGGACUCUGAGAAUGAGCUAAGCCACCAGAAAGAUGAAUAUAUUUCACUGAGUCUAAUGAAGGAAAAGACAGAGCAGAUUCUUUCAGAGGCACAGCGAAGCCUUACUAAGAAAAAAUUUGAAAUUCAACUUAACGAAGAGAGAAUUAGGCUUCUGAAUGAAAAAAUUGAUGACUUUUCAAAACAAAGCUCUGCACAAGAAGAGAAGAUCUGUGCAUUGAAAGAUACAAUUGCGCAACUUGAUAAAGAGAAGGAAACUUUGCAACAGUGUGUGGAAGAAGAAAGAGAGAAGAUCAUCACUUUUGAGGAAAACCUGAAGAUUAAAGAGAAAACCAUUUCAGAUUUGAAGAUUCUGAUUUCCGAUUUGGAGCGUUCGAUACAAAAAUCUGCUGAAGCACUGUGUAUCUGUGAGAAAGAUAUCACCAGUUUGCGUCAACAGCUGCAAGAAACCAACAAAGAACUUGCACAGGCUAACGACAACAGAGAAAUGUUAGCUCAGGAGAAGGACAGGUUACAACAGCAUCUUUCUAACGCUAAACAAGAAAAUCAGGUACUACAUGUGAAAAUAACUAAGUACCAGAAUGAGCUUGAGGAGAUGAAGUUGAAAGCUCAGGAUUCAAACACAGAUAUUGCCAGGCUGAAGGGAGUACUGAAGUUUAAAGAGAGGGAGAACUGUGAGCUUUUGGAGAAUUACCACAAAGCCCGUGAACAAGGAGAAAGUUGGGAAGCAAAGUGCCAUCAAGCAGAAGAAGAUUGUAACUCUGUCAGAUUGGCAUUAAUCAGUGCGGAAUCUGAGAACCGCAGGUUGAAAGAGAAGAUGAAGAGUCUUGAAACAGAGAUGGAGAAACAUUUAGCAACAGAAGAAGCAUACCAGUCUCAACUUUCUACCUUACACAAGUCUAUUGUGAAAAUGGAAGGAGAGCUUCAAAACAUACAUCAGGAGAGAGUCUCUAUACUUGCAAAUCUCGUAUCUACGCAAGAACUUUGCAUUAAAUUAGAUGCAGGCAAAGAACUAUUAAGUCAGCAGUUAACUUCCACAUCAGAGAAGGUAGAAAGGCUGCAGAGUGAAUGUGAUUCAUCCCAUUCUGAAAUAGAGCUGCUGAGAAAACAACUGGGAAAUGAAAGAGCAUCUCUGAAAAAUCUGGAAUCUUUGCUUGCAUCCAAUCGUGAGAGAGAACUUCAGUCACAGAUUGCAGAGCAAGAAAAAGACUCUGAAAUUCAGCUUCUCAAGGAACAACUUUUUUUAGCAGAAAAUAAACUCACUGUGAAGAGUCGAGAUUUCACUCAGCUCAAAAAUACAACAGCUCAGCUAGAGUCAGAACUGGAUAUCACCAGAAGACAGCUGGCAACUGAGAGGUUUGAAAGGGAACGUGCUGUACAGGAACUUCGAUGCCAGAACCGUACGGUCACAUAUCAGUUAAGCUCUACAUUAAGAACAUCGUCACCUGAACGUGCUCAUCAUCCGCCUCCUGAUUGGUCUCUGGACAGUUCCCUGGAAGGGAAUACUUCAUUCAAGGACUUCUAAUAUUAUAUUCAGAAUGGCCUGUGAAGACUCUGCACACCAUUUGGAGAGUUCAAGUUUAAUUUGCAUUCAAUUAUCAUUUUUCCCUGCUGAAUGCUUAAUUUCAUUAAAUCUAUUUCACAAA